AUGUCGACACCCACUGGCAACAAUGCCAACCUCACGGGCAAGAGACUCAAUGUCCUGGUCUACUCCGGAACCGGAACGACCGUUGACUCAGUCCGCCACUGCCUCUACACCUUGCGCCGCCUGCUAGCGCCCAACUAUGCAGUCACUCCCGUGACGGGCGACAUGCUCUUGAAGGAGCCGUGGACGGCAACAUGUGCCUUGUUGGUUAUACCUGGUGGAGCGGAUUUGGGGUAUGGACGCACACUCAAUGGUGAGGGAAAUCGGCGCAUUACUCAAUUUGUGCGCCGCGGUGGGAAGUACCUCGGUCUGUGUGCUGGCGGCUACUAUGGGUGUAAGAAAUGCGAAUUUGAGGUUGGUGAUAAGACUAUGGAGGUCAUUGGGGACCGUGAGUUGAGUUUCUUCCCGGGGACUUGUCGGGGAGGUGCAUUCCCUGGUUUCGUCUAUCACAGCGAGGCUGGUGCAAGGGCAGCCGGACUGGACGUUUCCAAGGAAGCUUUGAGUAUUGGUACGGUGCCUACACAUUUUCGGUCCUACUACAAUGGUGGAGGUGUCUUUGUCGAUGCUCCGCUGUUGAAGGAUAAGGGUGUGGAGGUAUUGGCAAGCUACUCCGAGAAGCUUAAUGUGGACCCAGGCGAAGGCGCUGCUGCCGUUGUCUACUGCAAAGUCGGAGAUGGCGCGGCUAUCUUGACGGGUCCGCAUCCAGAAUUUGCUGCAGUAAACCUUGACCCCAAGGCAAACGGGCCUGAAUAUAAAGAGGUUGUUGACGCCUUGACUGCUGAUGACAAGGAGCGUACAGACUUCCUCAAGGCAUGUCUUUCCAAACUGGGACUUCAGGUCGCCCAAGAUUCUACGAAUGUUCCCUCGCUAUCGUCUUUGCAUGUCUCUGGUCUUGAUGCCGAAGGCCCAUUGGAGAUCCUGUCCUUGCUUGCUCCAGCUCUAACUAAUGAGAACGGGAAUGAAUAUCUGAAGGAUGAAAAUGAUACGUUCCGCAUCGAGCGACCGGGAACCUGGAAUUUGAAUGACCUGGAGAAUGCUCUAACUGAUGAUUCUUCGAAAUCCAGUGAGGGCAUCAUUGAUUAUAAGCAAAUCAUUAAAAGACUUGUGAUUCACGAUGAGGUGCCUUCCUCCAAGCUGACACCCUAUUUCAACCACCAUGCAUUCUACGCCAACCUUCGUCAGUAUCAGUCUGAAUCGAAGGAGGGCGCAUCAGAGUUUGGAUCGAAUUUGAUGUACGGCGAGGUCAUAACAAGUACCAACACAAUCAUGGAAAAGAACACACAACUGCUUCGCCGGCUACCCAAUGGGUUUACUGCCACGGCAACAGUCCAGGUUGCGGGACGUGGACGGGGCUCUAAUGUGUGGAUCUCACCAGCUGGAUCAUUGAUAUUCUCAACAGUUGUGCGACACCCAAUUGAGAAGAUUCAGUCUGCCCCCGUGGUAUUCAUCCAGUAUCUGUCUGCUAUGGCUGUGGUGAAGGGUAUCAAGAGCUACGCCAAGGGCUACGAGAAUCUUCCGGUCAAGUUGAAAUGGCCAAACGAUAUUUAUGCUCUUGACCCGGAGGACCCCGAGCAGAAGCGAUACACCAAAAUUUGCGGCAUCCUCAUCAACUCUCACUUCAUGUCAAACGAAUAUAUCUCCGUCGUCGGAAUCGGCAUCAACGCCACAAACGCCUCUCCUACCACGGCCCUCACAGCUCUCGCCGCAAAAUACGCUUCCCCGGGCGCUGCAGCCGCUUCACCCAUCACAUUGGAGAAACUCCUAGCACGCAUUCUUACUACAUUUGAAGAUCUGUACACGCGGUUCCUCCGGACAGGCUUUGACCGUGGCUUUGAAGCAAUGUACUAUGAGGACUGGCUACACAUGCACCAGAUUGUUACGUUGGAAGAGGAAGGUGGUGCCCGUGCCCGAAUCCAAGGUAUCACGCGUGACUAUGGUCUACUGCUUGCGGAGGAACUUGGGUGGAAUGAUCGUCCAACGGGUCGGGUCUGGCAGUUGCAGAGUGAUAGCAACAGCUUUGAUUUCUUCCGCGGAUUACUGAAGCGGAAAGUAUAA